AUGUCAUUAAUAAUAAAAGAUUCCAUACAAUUACAAGCAAAUCUGUGCACAUCAUCAGGAUGUAAUUUACCAAGUGAAGCUAUAUGUUGUCACUGCCAUAAACAAUAUUGUCAUUUAUAUUUUAUGUGCCAUCGAAAAUAUUUAAUAGAUAAUAUGCAAUCAAUAUCUGAACAAAUGUCAUUAAAUCAUGCGCAAUUACUUAAUUCAAAAUUAUCUCGCCGAAUAUUUUUACCAGCUGAUAUUAUUUUAGAAUUAGGUCGUAAAUAUGCAUAUAAUAUGUUUGAUAAAUUAUCAUCGAUAUAUAAAUCUGAUUGUUAUGUUAUUCAACGUAAAAGUGAACGAUUUAUUGAAAAUUAUCGUUAUUAUAACGAAUUAAUUAAUUUACGACAAAAAUGGACCUUUCUUCAAGCUGCUCUAACAACGUUUUAUUUUCCAGCGAAAAAUGGUAUUUCAUUAGAUAAAAUUCUUACAUUUCUUGAGUAUCGUCACGCUUAUAAUUUUACUUAUAUAAAUGAAACAUCGAUUGAAAAAACUGAUGAAACAAUAACUAGUAGUGAUUUGAUUAAAACUGAUAGGGAUCAUUGUGAUGAUGAAACAUCUUGA